AGAGCCACUACAGAGAACCCUGCUUAUCCCCCUGACACGGCAGGUGCACAGACCUCUUGUCUAAUAAGAUGUUCUUGCCGUGUCUAAAAUUGUUUUCCAUAUUCUGUGAGUUUUUGCACAUCCCACAGCAACUGAUUCUUCAAUCAGAGGAGAAGAGACAUAGGAAAAAGACAGGAGAAGAGGGAAUUGUUUCAAAGAGACAAGGGGCAGGAUGAGAUGGGAUAUUGGGAAGAAAUUUUUCCCUGUGAGAAUAGAGAGACCCUGGCAGAGGCUGCCCAGAGAGGUUGUGGCUGCCACAUCCCUGGUAGUGUCCAAGGCCAGGUUGGACAGGGCUUGGAGCAACCUGGUAUAGUGGAAGGUGUCCCUGUCCAUGGCAGGGGCGGAAAGAGAUUAUUUUUCAGGUCCUUUCCAAUCCAAAACAUUGCAGAGGUGAUUCUGUGAAAGAAGGAUUCUGCUCCCCCAAAACCUCACUGGUGCCUGUGCCUUUACCCUCCAGUUCCUGUGCCCAUCCCAAAGAUUUCCCUGCUGGCCCCACAGCCCGUUGCCGCUGUGCCGCGGGUGUCACAAGAGGUGUUGCGUGGGGACAACGGUGACAUUGAUUGCAACAGCCCCAGGAGGCACCUCAGCCUCUGCCCCUGCAGCAGGGAGGGACCAGGGCCAGCCCCAGCACCCCCAGAGCCAUGGGGCACUCCUGGGUUGGCCCAGGGCACUUGUGCCAGCAGCAAUUGAGACCAUUUCUGCCUUGGUGUGCUCUGAACCUACACCUUUCUCAGCCCCGAGAAGAGCCAGGACAGGCAUCGGCCAUGAGGAUCCUCUACCUGCUCUUCCCCUUCUUCCUCCUGCUGGUCCACAGUGCUGCAGGAUCCUCCUUGGAGCCAACAAACAGGGAAGAAUGUCAGCGAGAAAAUGGGUACUGUGGAUUUUUGAAGUGCAAGUUCCCCUUUGUCAUCAAAGGAAGAUGUUCCACGUUCUUCUUUUGCUGCAAAAAUUCCUGGGGUUGAAACCCUGAAAUUCCCAAGCAGGACAUCCCCUCGCUUCUGGCUCCUGGACCCAUCUGCUGAUGUCCCCUCCCAUCCCUGCCUGUGCCCUGCCCAGCUGGGCUGACAGCAGCAGUGGCAGCUGCUCCUGCUGGCUGCUGCUGGGCUGGAGCCCUGUGGUGCCAGCCCCGGUGUCUUUGGGGCAGGGGCUGCUUUUCCCGGCUUGAAUAAAGACGAGCACUUUGGCAUUGCA